AUGCAAAACAUCGUGCAAAACACCCCAGUUGGAAGAACAAGAGUUUCAGAAUCUAAAGAGGUUAUGGAAAGUAUCAGUAACCUCUCAAGAUCUUCGGAUGAUUGGCAAUAUAUGGGGAUCGACUGUCUUCUGUUACUUCUUCAUGUCAGAUUAACUUAUCGCCCAAUAUCUGUUGAAACUGGAGUCAUUGCUCAGGCAUAUGGUUCAGCAAGAGUGAAGAUGGGUAAAACUGAAGUCAUACCUUUGACUUGUCGUCUCAACUUGUUGACCAUAUCAAACAUCACUGCUGGAAACAAGGAGCAGAUUCAGACAUUCAUUGAAGCAAAUAUCAUUGGCCCUCUUAUUCAUCUGCUUCAAAAUGAAGAAUUUGACAUCAAAAAGGAGGUUGCAUCAGCUAUCUCAAAUGCUACUUCUGGUGGAAGCCAUGACCAAAUCAAGUGGGAUUCAUAA